UGUUAUCCUGAACAUUCGCAAUCAAAAUUUUUGUGAAUUUGAAAAAAACAUUUGUGAACAUUCAAAUAAUAAGAUCAAACCAUACUUAUUUUAAUCAAGAAAAAUCCGGAAAAACUUCGACAUCGAAACUUUCGGACAAAAUUUUUUAUUUCAGCGGAAAAAUGUUUGGACAAGAUUUAUAAAGUCAAAAAAAUGCAUGGGUAAGUCCUUUGAACGAAUUUUAACCAAAUUUCAAAAGUACUGAUUAUGGGAAAUGACACAAAAAGAAGACUGGAAACAUUUAUAGCCAGUAACCCAAUUAGGGUGUAUAGGUUUCACAAUUAACAACUUGAGCGGUGUAUCGAUAAAAUUAAAAAAAAAUUCAGACGGCAAAAAAAAUCCGAAAGUUUUUCCGUCCGAAAAUUUUCGUUCCUUUUGUAUAAGCAAAUUAAAACAGUCUGUCAAAUUGCAAAUAGUCAGGAGAAAGAAAUGAAGAAAAGUUUGCUUAGCUGUGACAUGUCAUUCCGCGGAAUAAAGAACCUACAGAGAAGCCCUCCUAAACACCUUUCCUCGAAAUACCCAUGUUUUCUGUUCUCCAAUCCCCAACUCCUUCCAACGCAUCUAUUUGUUAAUUUUUGCCAAUAUCGUUCCCAGGACUUCUUUGUCUCUUUUUUGCUUUAGUAAAUUCGAUAGCAGAAAAGCAACCUUGAUAUGCGUGGCUACUUCGAUCCCAGGAUCUGUUGUCUACUUUUUUCAUAUCGGACGUCGAGACAAAAAACUCAGGGACGAGGUUGGUGCGUUAGAAAUCAACAAGAACGUAAAAUGAACCACAGGAAUCCGUCAAGUCAUGGUUUGGAAAGCGCUAAUCAGUGUUAUCUACAUCCUCAUCUCUCCAUGCUGCAGCGCUUAUCAAAGCAAGUUGUUUAAAGAUGUAGCCCAAGCUAAAUUUGCAGCCACGUUAAAAGAGUAUAGUAUUGCUAUUCCAAUUUUCUCCUUAUCGAAACUUGUCCGCUACCAGGAAUCAUCAUGGCAGACCAUAAAUAAUCUUCAACCAGAGAAAUUUUUCAUCAAAUUAAAGAUAAAAGAAACUUCUUUAGAGAUAGAACUAAGAAAAAAUGACGGAUUACUUCGGCAUGAUUUUAUGAUGGAAGAUAUAAGUAAAAACAACGAAGAAGAGCGUUCAGUAGAAAGUUUUGAAAAGAAAAUGGCUUGCUAUUACUAUGGAUACGUACGGCAUUAUUUGACGUCAAAAGUGGCGUUAAGUAUUUGUGACGGAAUCAAAGGUUUUAUUAGUUUUGAAGGCCGUGAUUAUCUGAUGGAACCAAUGAAACAACUUGGUUCAAACUUUCUUCUCUUGGUUUACGAAGCACAAGCUGAGCGCAACAGUACCCAUAAUCCUUUAAAGGGAAAUGCAUUGCACUGCUCAGCAGGACAUCAUCAUGAAGAAGCCAGCACUCUCGCAAGCAUAACACCACCUCUGCUACGUCCAUCGGUGCAGAACAUCUCCCGCAAACUUACCAGGAGAAACAUCGAGGAACAGAAGCCUACUAUUACUAAGAAUAAACUUCCAGUAGCUACUAUUGAAGUUUUUGUGGUGGUUGAUAAAGAAAUGGCUACGUUUCACGGCAACCAAUCAGUGCGCGAUUACGUAUUGACAAUGAUGAACAUGGUUUCAGAUAUGUACAAAGAUAAAAGUUUAGGCGUGUUGAUAAAUAUUGUUGUUACCAAAAUAUUGAUAAUAAAAGAUGAGUUGAAAAACCUGAAAAUCACACACAAUGGUGACAAGACUUUGUUUAGCUUUUGUGAAUGGCAAUUUUCCAGAAGUUUAUCCAGUGGAGACAAGCAAUCAUCAUACGACAUAGCUCUUCUCCUUACACGGAAAGAUGUAUGUGCACAUUCAGAUAAACCGUGUGGAACCAUAGGAUUGGCAUAUAUUGGAGGCACAUGUACAACAAAUCGGAAAUGUGCUGUCGUUGAAGAUAUUGGUCUGAGUACAGCUUAUACAAUUGCGCACGAGAUUGGACACAAUUUAGGCAUGACACAUGAUGGUCUUGACAAUAAUUGCAGAGUGCAGUCAGCUGGCUAUCCUCAUAUGAUGGCAGCGCAGUGGCCGCAAAGUAAUCAUGUGCCGCUAAAAUGGUCUUAUUGCAGCAAGAAAAAACUUGGUGAAUUUUUGGGAUCCUAUAAAAGCUAUUGUAUUCGAGACAAAUCACUUUCCGAAGAUGCGAACCUAUCGAAAUUGUCUGGAACAAUUCCUGGAACAUUAUACAAUGCAGAUAGACAGUGUCAACAACAAUAUGGUGUGAUAGCUAAGCAUUGCAGAAAAUUCAAGACAACAGGACUACCAACAAACCUCUGCAAACAGCUUUGGUGUGAAAUUGAAGGUGAAGAUGAAUGUGUUUCAAAACUCGAUCCUGCAGCCAAGGGAACAGAAUGUGAUGAGGGAAAAUGGUGUAUGUAUGGUAAAUGCGUUAACAACACAAACAUGCCAGAUUCAAUCAAUGGUGGAUGGAGUGUUUGGAAAAAUUGGACUACUUGCAGUCGCUCCUGUGGUGUUGGAGUGUCUUACAUGGAGCGGACGUGUAACAAUCCUUUUCCUUCAAAUGGUGGCCGUUAUUGCAUUGGUGAUAGUCGACAGUAUGUUACCUGCAAUACUCAGCCGUGUCCUAAACAUUCAGUUGAUAUUCGUCUUCUCCAAUGUCAACAGUACAGUAACAAGACGAUGAAGUACAUUAGUGUACACAGUGCCACUCAACAAUGCGCACUACAUUGUCGACCUGCCAAUCAUUCAAUACAUUAUUCUAUUAAAUUCCAACAGAAAGUGAUCGACGGCACACCCUGUCGUCAUGUUUUUUCUGACAUCUGCAUUGAUGGUCGAUGUCAAAAAUUGGGCUGUGAUUUGAAAUUAAAUUCUAAACUUCAUAAGGAUGUAUGCGGUGUUUGCGGAGGGGAUGGUGAUACAUGCAAGCUGGUCGAAGGGGAAUUUACCCAGCCAUUAGGAAGAGGAUAUGUAAAUGCAGUUGAUAUACCAAGAGGCGCAAGGAAUGUACUCGUCAAAGAGGUUAAACCAUGUGCAAGUUUUCUAGCUUUAAAGAGCCAUCAUGGAACGUACCAUGUGAAUGGAAAUUGGACGAUUGAAUUGCCCGGUCGUUAUGAUAUGAAUGGAACAGUGGUGUAUUACAGAAGAAGAGGAACACAAGAGUUCUUUUUUACAAAGGGUCCUACAAAAGAAGAUAUGCAAUUCAUGGUGUUGUUUCAGGAUUUCAAUUUCGGCGUCAAAUACAGUUACAUAUUACCACUUAAUAAUACAAAAGAAAAGACAGAUUCAGAAAGAGAGAAGCACAAGGGUUCAUUUGGAUGGAUGCAAGGGCGUUGGCAAAAAUGCUCAGUUGUUUGCGGAGGGGGUAUCAUGAGACGUGGGAAACCAAAAUGUCUACACAUGCACCAAAGAAAUAUAAGCAUUGUCAAUGAUACCCACUGCUCUGGAGCUAAGGUGCCACCUUCACCAGAGAGAACUUGCAAUGAGCAUACAUGCCCUAAAGUUUGGUUUGUGACACCUUGGAGAGAAUGCAGUAGUACCUGCGGAUUAGGACUGAAGAAGAGAAAUAUUACAUGUAAAGAAAGAAAGCCGAAUGGAUACUGGAAAAAUCGACGAAACAAAGAUUGCCACUUAUCACUAAAACCUGUCUCCAUCAACACGUGUGUCGAAAAGGCGUGUUACUUAAGCUGGCGAACUAGUGCAUGGUCAAAGUGCCAUGCACCUUGCAAGAAGAUUGGAAUGAAAUACAGAAGCGUCUCAUGUCCAAUCACAGGAGCUUGUUUACAUUCUGCGAAACCUGCCAUGAUGAGAAGAUGCAAGUCUUCAAAAUGUGACUACCGGUGGGUUGCAGGACCAUGGAAUCAAUGCUCAAAACCAUGCGGCCAAGGUUUUCAAAGAAGAACAGUCAAAUGUAGGGAAGUUAGCUCUUUCAUAAAAGUAAAAGGAAGAUGUCUCAAGAAGAGACCGCACCAUAAAAGAACAUGUUAUAUAAAAAAAUGUGAUGAUGUAGUUCCAACCAAAAGCAAUAUAGGAAAAUCAAUGAAAAAGCAGCUAAAGGAAGUUUCGUACAGAUUGUAUUCACGUAUACCACGUGCACCAAGAAGAAAGCGAAAACAAAUGAAAAAUUCACUAUCUAUGGUAAUUGGUGCUUUGAAAGAAAAAACAGCUCUGUUACGGAAUGAAAGAGACUGCAAAAGAGACAGUAUCACACCACGUGUGUGCAAAAUGAAGAUAAUGUUAUCAAAGCUUUCAAAUCAAAAACCAUUUUGUGAUUAUAUACACAAUAGCAUCAGAUGUUGCGCGACUUGUAGAAAACGAAAAGCCACAUGGUAACUCACGAAAUUUGGAACCUCUUAAAUCUCAUGUAAAAGUCGCAGAGUUUCAGGAAGAUCAGCCGAGCUAACUAUUUUUGAGUAAAAUAGUACGAAGAAAAGAACUUGUGUUUUCAUGUAGUAGAAAGCACAAAAUGUACCGGACAGUAACAUAAAAGGGCAACAACAAAGGUUGAAAGAUUGCAUGAAAAAAGAUAAGAUGAAAAAUUGAAUUUUUAGAAACUAAAAUCAAAUAGGAUUAAGAAACGUUUUUUUUAACAAUAGCUUUGAAGAAAUAUGCGACUUCCAGCCUUUUAAGGGCCUAAAAAGUUCAGUGGAAACAGAGUUAAAGUAUAUUUAUUUAGCAAGAAUUUUGAAAAAUAAGAUGUUAUUUUUUAUCUCUA